AUGGAAGAAGUGAAAAAGUCUCUAUCAAACAGCAAGUACCCACUAAAAGAGGUGGAAUGUGGACUCACGGACGAGGAGCGGCAGACGCUGGAAAAGCGAUUUGUCAGAAAAUUAGACAUCCGAUUGAUGCCAAUGCUGGUUCUUAUUUACAUCAUGAACUAUCUAGAUAGAAAUGCGAUUGCGGCUGCAAAGCUCGGUGGUAUCACAGAAGACCUUCAAUUGUCUUCUGUCCAGUUCCAGACCUGCGUGAGCAUUUUAUUUGUGGGAUAUAUCCUCAUGCAGAUUCCAUCGAAUUUAUUCUUGAGCAAAAUCGGAAAACCUGCGUUGUAUCUCCCAUCUUGCAUGAUAGCUUGGGGGAUUCUAUGUGCCGCAAGUGGAGCUGUUCAAGAUUAUGAUGGUCUUCUGGCCUGUCGUUUCCUCUUGGGUUUUGUGGAAGCCGCAUAUUUCCCAGGUUGUAUGGUAACGUUAAGUGCUUGGUAUACACGAAAAGAACUCUCGCUUCGCACAGCGAUUCUUUACUGUGGUUCUCUUCUGGCCGGUGCCUUUUCAGGAUUAAUUGCUGCUGGAAUAACUGAUAAUAUGGAUGGGGUUCGAGGACUUCUAGCAUGGAGAUGGUUAUUUAUCAUUGAGGGCGCAAUAACAGUCGCUAUUGCCUUUUGUGCCUAUUUUGUCUUACCAAACUUCCCACACAACACGACCGGUAUAUCAGACCAAGAACGACAGUUAGCCAUGUGGCGACUGUCACAAGACACUGGAGAAGGAAACUUGGAGGACAGCGACGGAAACCAAGAAAGUCUAUUCCACGGGUUUAAGGAAUGCAUGGCAGACUGGAAGGUGUGGUUCCUCGUGAUUCUCGUCUUCGGUGCUAUGUCCAGUGGCACGAUCAACAGCUUCUUCCCCACCGUCGUUGAGAGUCUGGGAAAAGGUCGUAUUGAGACUCUUCUUCUAACGGCUCCCCCUUACCUCCUAUCCUGUAUUGUGGCAAUGGCCGUCUCUCGCAACGCCGAUCGAACCGGGGAGCGAUAUUUCCAUUUCAGCAUUCCACUUUGGAUCUCUAUUGCGGGGUUUAUCAUCUCAAUGACAACGACACAGCUCGGCCCUCGGUACUUUGCUAUGAUGAUCAUGUUACCUGGUGUCUAUACAGCGUUUAUUAUUGGAAUUACUUGGGUGGCAAAUACCAUUCCUCGACCCGCUGCAAAGCGCGCGGCUGCGUUGGCCUUUGCAAAUGCCGUUGCUAACUGUGCCUCGAUCUACAGCCCCUAUUUAUACCCGGAUAGUGGAGCUCCACGGUUUGUCUUGGCCAUGAGUGUGAAUACAGGGACUUCGCUGUUAUCUAUUGUGACCGCGACUGGGUUUCGAUUUCUAUUGCAAAGACUGAACAAGAAGGCUGAGAGGGAGGAGAGUGAAGCAAUGGAAAACGGGGACCAGGUAGUUAACAGAUAUCGCUAUCUUGUAUAA